AUGGAUGUUUCAUCGAAACGAUUCGAUAAAAAGCAAGAAGACUCGCAAACUCUUGCUAAAAUUCGUAAUGUAAUUCAAUCACUAAUUCAAUCAAUAAACAAACCAGGUGUUCACAGUGUAAGCUAUAUGUCUGCCGCCGGUUUUAAAUAUAUAGGUAAUGGAGAUACAGCUCGUUGUACGAAAUGUGAACUUGAAGUAUCCAAUUGGACAUUAGACAUGGAACCAUUUACUAUUCAUUCGGCACGCCAACCUAAAUGUUCAUUUGUCUGUUCUGUGAUACCAGCUUCAUUAUCAAAUAAUACUGCUUUUUCCUCUUCGCGAACAGUUGCUAUUCAAAAGAUAUCAAUAUCAAAUGAACAAGAAAAUCCUUCUAAACGUCAAAAAAUCGAAACAACAGAUUCCAAAUCUGUGUCAAACACUUUAUUUGAAGUAGAUUCACUUCAACAAGUGCGAAGACGUACAUUUUCUCAUUGGUUACAUCAUGCUAGUCCAUCAAGUGCACAAAUGAUUGAAGCUGGAUUUUUUAGUUGUAAUGUUGAUGAUCGAGUGAUAUGUAUCUAUUGUAAUCUUAUUUGUCAACAAUGGACACCAUAUACAGAUGAUCCAUGUGAAGUACAUAAAACACUUUCACCUAAUUGUAUAUAUGUCAAAGCAAAAUUGAUGUGUCCUGUAGCUUCAUCUAUAAUUAUCGUCAAUAGAGUUUCAACUGAAACAACUUCAGACAAUUGUUCAUCAACGCCAAUUAAUCUCGGUCUAUUGCGAUCUAAUGACAUUGUAUUUAGAGUUUCAUGUAAUCCAGCUUAUUCAGAAAUACCAAAACGUCAUGCAUCAUUCGCUACAUGGCCAAAUGAAGAUUUACCAUCAGUUGAUGAUUUCGUUCGUGCAGGAUUUUUUUAUACAGGUACAAAAAAUAUUGUUAAAUGUUUUUACUGUGAUGGGUCACUACAAAAUUGGGGUCCAAAUGACAAUCCAAUGAUUGAACAUGCACGUUGGUUUCCACAUUGUGCAUAUGCUAAACAAUUGUGCGAACGUACUCGAAUCAAUGAAUUAAAAGAAAGAACAGGUUCUGGUGAUAUGUUAAAUACUAACUUAACAGCAAAUAAUCGACUCUUAUCAAUACCUGAUAAACAUACAUUAUUAAGACUUGUUGCUGCUCGAUUGGAUUUACCGAUUUCACAACGUUUAUUAGAUCAAAAUUUUAGAUUAUCUGUUAUUAAACGAUGUUGGGAAGAUCAAUUAAGACUAAAACAUGCUGAUUUUGUAUAUGAGUAUGAUUUGUAUAUUGCUUGUUUAAUUCUUCAAAAACAAAUUCAACAUCUUGAUGGUAAAAAAGAAAAUAUUGUUAUACCGAGUAUAAAAAUGAAACAAAUCAGAGAACAAAAUGAGACUUGUAUGCAUGAUCAAACAUCAACUAUAUAUAAUACAGUUCAAUCAGUACCAAAUCCUGCGAAUGUUGAAAUGACUGCAUCAUCCUCACCAUUACGAAAUGAAGUUACAUCAUCUGAAUCUUCUAUAUUUUCCUUAUCAAAACCAACAAACACUAAUAAUGAAGGUGAAACACAAGCAAGUAAGCAAACAACUACUGUGAAUGAUCUAAAUCCGUCAAUCAAUACAGCACCAUCCAAUCCUUGUGUUGUGUGUCAGAUAGAGGAAAAACGAUUAGUUUGCAUACCAUGCGGUCAUCUAGCCACAUGUGUUGCAUGUGGUCAUUCAUUACGAUUGUGUCCAUUAUGUCGACAAGAAAUCCAAGCAUUCGUUAGAGUUUAUAUUUAA